AUGGAUGCUAAGAAAACUGGCAUCCUUUCAAUCUGGGAACCUAAUGCUCAUGCCUUCCGUUGUAGCGUCGCGUUGACUUCUUUCUCUGUUCACACUCUUAUCAAGUUUCCUUUUCUUCCCGCCAAAAAAUCGCAGCCACGUGGCAGGCGAGGAAGCGGCUCGGGUGACGACUGGGACGACCGCCGAGAGGGUGGGGAGAGGGGGGACAGGGGGGAGGGGAGGGCGGAGGGGCGGAGAGAAGAGAUGAACGGGGGAAGCGGGCGGGAAGGCAGGGGGGGAAAUAGGAAGGGGAGCGACGAGGAGGAGGGGGAGCGUGACGGGGAGCGGGUGCGAGGCCAGGCGGCGCAGAGGCGACGAGGGGGGCGACAGGUGAUAGAUGAUGACGAUGAGGAGGAGGAUGGUGAGGGGGAUGGGGGGGAAGGGGGGCGGAGGAGAGGCGGGUUUGUGGGGAGGCAAGGGGGGAUGGAGGAUGAGGAGGAGGAGGAGUUUGAGGAGAGGCAGGAGGAGAGGGACAGAAGUCCGCGCUCUCCCAAGCAUCGCCACUCCCCUCGCUCUCCCAGAGGGACAGGCACAGGGCGACACAGAGACAGUGAGGGGAGUGGAGGAGAGGGCGAGGAGGGGGGUGGGGGUGGGCGCAAGGUACGGCAGCAGGUGACAGAGAGAGACCUGUUUGGAGAGUCUAGUGAGGAGGAGGAGGAGGAGGAAGGGGGGGAUGGGGGAGAGAGGGGCAGGGCACAGAGGAAGGCCAGCCGCUCGCCCCAAGGCACUCCCCUGGCGUCCCCUGUAAGUUUCUCCUCCUCUUGCCUCGCUGGGGGUGGGGAUGGGCGCAAGGUGCGGCAGCAGGUGACGGAGAGAGACCUGUUUGGAGAGUCCAGCGAGGACGAGGAGGAGGAAGGGGGGGAUGCGGGCAGGAAGCAGAGGAAGGCCAGCCGCUCGCCCCAAGGCACUCCCUUGGCGUCCCCUCAGUGCAUGUUGCUGUUGCGUCUUCACCUGCCACUUGACUUCUCCGCUCCUGCCAUCCAAGCCUCUCCCCCCCUCUCUUCCUCUUUCCUUCUCCCUCCCCUCGUCUCACUCAGCAGCGGCAUGGGUAUGAGUCGGAGGAGGAGCAGAGGCACGAGACGGGCGGCUAUGACGAGUUUUGAGACGUCUCAAAAGCCAUCCCCCACUUUCCCCCUUCUCUUCCCCCUGCCCUCCUCCCCACACCUCAAUCAGCAGCGGCAUGGGUAUGAGUCGGAGGAGGAGGAGCAGAGGCACGAGAGGGGCGGCUAUGACGAGGAGGGGCGGUGGGAUGAGGAGGGAGGGGAGCGGCGGAGAGCGAGGGAGCGACCCAAGGGGCCUCCGUUGGACCUCGACCUCUCUCUCUUCGACCCCCCUGCUCCACCCGACAAGAUGGUGAUGGUGAUGGCGAGCAACAUAGUGGGCAUCCAAGCAGCCCCAUUCGACCCUGACACGUACGAGGAGGGCGGCCCGCAGAACCUCAUUCGCUGGCGCCACGUGCGCCGCCCCGAUGGCACCAUGGGGGUGGAGAGCAACGCGCGCAUGGUGAGGUGGUCAGACGGCUCGUUGCAUCUGCUGCUGGGCGCGGAGGUGUUGGCCACAGACAUCAAGAGCAUGCAGCACGACAAGGCUCACCUCUUCGUGCGCCACCCCAAGCAAGGGGUGGUGCAGGGGCAGGGGCAGCUGGUGGAGAAGAUGCGAUUCCGCCCCUUCGACACGCACAGUCUGAUCCACAAGAAGCUGACGCUGGGGCUGGACUCAAAGUACCGCAAGGGCAAGGAGCUGAAGAGCAUCGUCACCACGGGCGACCCCGAGAAGGAGAAGGAGGAGCGCGAGCGGAGCAUACAGCAGCAGAUCCGCACCAAGGAGACGCUGAGGCAGGAGCAGGAGAAGCGAGCGCGGAAAUACUCCAACCAGCCGCAGCAGCGCACCGCACGCGACCGCGAGCAGCAGCGAUACGGCGGGGGGUACCGGCAACAGCGCUCCCCCUCGCACGACCAUCGCCCCGCCAAGGCUGCCAAGACCUCAGGCAGAGGAGGGCGGUACAGUGAUGAGGAGGACUCAGAAGGGGAGAGGGGGCGAGGGGGGUAUGACGAGGGGCGGGGCGGCCGGGGCAGGAGAUUGGAGGAGUCUGAUGAUGAGGGGUAUGGGCAGAGAGGUGGGGAUAGGGGGCGGGGAGGGGGGGAGGAGCAGGGGGGGGAUGAGGAGGAUUGGAUGGAGGAGAGGGGGGAGAGCAAGAAGGCGGCGGCGUGGCGGAGGAAGAGAGUGGUGGAGAGCGAUGAGGAUGAGUAG